AUGGUUCCUGAUAGGAUUACCUUGCAGAACAUGGAGAAAAAGUCGAAUGAAGGUUUUAGACAGUACACUCAGAGGUGGAGGGAGGUGGAAGUGCAGGUCCAACCACCGAUCUUUGAAAGAGAAAUGACGAUGCUCUUUGUAAAUAUGCUGAAGGUCCCCUUCAUCACACACAUGUUAGGCAGUGCCACGAAAAAUUUUGCUGACAUAGUCAUGAGUGGUGAGAUGAUUGAAAGUGCAGUAAAGAGCGGGAAGAUUGAUGUUGGAGAGAACAACAGAAGGCAAAACUCAAAGAAAAAAGAAAGUGAGGUGAACAACGUGAAUACAUACAACAAGUCAAUUACGGUGAAUCAGCCCAGGAAGCCUCCAUAUCCUAAAAGGUAUGAUGCGAAUGCACAAUGCGAUUACCAUGCAGGAGUUGUGGGGCACUCAAUAGAGCAUUGUACUGCUUUUAAAAGACUUGUUGAGAAGCUCAUUAAGAUGGGCGUUGUCAAGGUAGAUGAUUCAUCAGGUACGGGGAAGAAGGUCAAGGAGAAUAUUGCUGAGAGCAUGAUGGAUAAUGGAGAAAUAGAGUUUUUUGAAGAGGUGGAAGGAAAAGAAAGUAUAUGCGCAUCGGAGUCAGAGACGAGGAUUCCGAAGGUUAAUCAUCCUGUGAUUAUCAUUUCGCGCCCUAAGGUAACAGUUUCGGGGAAGGAAACUUCAAUUAGUGUUGUGAAAGAAAGCCAAAAGACAGGUUCUUAUACGAAUACUGAUGAGUAUUACAGUCGGAUAAAUGCUCAAGCAGAGUCAGCGGAGGGAGAAGUUCUUACGGCGGAGCAAAAGGAAGAGUGGCUAUUGAUUAAUGAGCCAAUAAAGGAGGAAGAAGCUACUGAAUUCUUGAGAUUUUUGAAGCACAGUGAGUAUAGCGUGGUAGAGCAACUGCAUAAACAGCCAGCUCGUAUAUCUUUGUUGGUCUUGCUCAUGAGUUCAGAGGUCAACAAUAUAAGUGCUGAUAAUUUUAUCUUCUUCAACGAUGACGAAAUACCAUCUAGAGGUAUGAAGUCCACUAAAGCUCUGUACAUUACUGCUCGGUGUAAAGGAAGCAUGGUGUCAGUAGUUUUAAUUGAUAAUGGAAAGGAAGGUUUGAGGAGGAUUGAGAUAUCGUUGCAGAUUGGCCCAAAUACUUAUGAAGUGGUUUUCAUUGUAAUGGAUAUCCCUUCUUAUAAUUGCUUGUUGGAAAGACCUUGGAUACAUUCGGUGGGGGCUGUACCAUCAUCGUUGCAUCAGAAGUUGAAGUUAGUGACAGAGGGACGUAAUGCAACGUACAUGGAAACGGAUGAGGAGGCAGUGAAAUGUUCUUUCCGAACCUUAGAGUUUUUGAAUGCAACAUUUAUGGCUGAGGGGAAUAUAAUUCCAAUACCGAAGAUAUCCAGGACUACAAGAAUGGGCCUUCAAUUAAUGGUGGGAAAAGGAGCUGUACCGGGAAAAGGAUUGGGAAGAUAUUUGCAAGGAGGAGUUGAAGCACCAGUGAUGAAAGGAAAGUUUGAUCAUUUUGGUCUGGGCUAUAGACCAGAUGUAAAACAAAGAAGAAAGGAAAUAGAGAGAAGACAUGAGAGAAGAAGGGCACGCCGGAGUGGAAAUGAAGUUAGGUGGGAGCUUAUGGCUUUUCCUCACAUAUCCAAGACUUUCAUAUCAGGAGGUUUUAUUCAUCCAGAACGAAGAGUGCUUGAAGUGAAAGGUGUUGAAGAUUUGCUGGGAGAUGCCCACAUCAAUGCCCUAGACACAGUUGAAAGAGAGACCUUGCUAGAGAUUCGCCCUUACGAGCCUAGAAGUGAUCUGGACAAUUGGACUGCGGAAGAGAUUCCUAUAGUUUUUAGAGCUUGUUCAGAGUCCCCGAAUAUCAAUGAUAUGAAUGACGCUGCUUCAGACUCAGAAUCACCUUUUGAACAAGACAGGUGUUUAGGGGGAUCACAGAAUUUUGAAGAUGACGAGGAUAAGCAAAUCUUACCUCAUAAAGAAUCAUUGGAGAUUGUGAGUCUAGAGGAGGGAAAAGAGGUAAAGAUCAGAACUGACAUUUCUGCCAAGACAAGGCAAGACCUCAUUGAGUUACUCCGAGAAUUCAAAAAUGUCUUUGCAUGGUCAUAUCAAGAUAUGCCUGGGUUAAGGACUGAUAUUGUGGUGCACCGUCUUCCCAUAAAAGAGGAUUGCAAGCCAGUUCAGCAGAAUCUUAGAAGAAUGAGACCUGACAUUGCGCUAAAGAUAAAAGAAGAAGUCACGAAGCAGUUUGAUGCUGGAUUCUUACAAGAAGUUAAGUAUUCAGAAUGGGUAGCUAAUGUUGUCCCUAUCCCUAAGAAAGAUGGAAAGGUGCGAAUGUGUGUGGAUUAUAGGGAUUUGAACAGGGCUAGUCCAAAAGAUAAUUUUUCGUUGCCUCACAUUGAUACUUUGGGAACGUUCUGUUAUAAAGUGAUGCCCUUUGGAUUAAAGAAUGCGGGGGCAACUUAUCAAAGAGCUAUGGUAAAUUUGUUUCAUUACAUGAUGCACAAGGAGAUUGAGGUUUAUGUUGACGAUAUGAUUGCAAAGUCCAGAACAGAAGAGGAGCAUGUGCAAGUUCUGCGGAAAUUAUUUUUGAGACUAAGAAAUUUCCAGCUCAAGCUUAAUCCAACAAAGUGCACCUUUGGAGCUAGAUCGGGGAAGUUGUUGGGCUUCAUAGUCAGUGGGAAAGGAAUUGAAGUUGAUCCAGACAAAGUCAGGGCAAUACGAGAUUUGCCUCCACCACACACUCAGAAGAAAGUACGGGGUUUUUUGGGGAGAUUGAACUACAUUUCUCGGUUUAUUUCACAAUUGACUGAGAAAUGUGAUCCCAUAUUCCGUCUUCCAAAGAAGCAUAAUCCGGGCAUAUGGGAUAAAGAAUGCCCGAAGGCUUUUGAAAAAAUAAAACAAUAUUUGUCUAAUCCUCCAGUGCUAUCACCACCUAAUCCGGAUAGGCCAUUAAUACUGUAUUUAACAGUAUUUGACAAUUCCAUGGGGUGCGUGUUACGCCAACAUGAUGAGAUAAGGAGAAAGGAAAGGGCAAUAUACUAUCUCAGUAAGAAAUUCAUUGAUUGUGAAGCGAGAUAUUCGGCUAUUGAAAAGUUGUGUUGUGCUUUGAAGGCUGUGAAAGGGAGCGGAAUAGCUAAAUUUUUAGCUAGCAGAGCCUUGGUGGAUUAUGAGCCUUUGAACUUUUAUUUCCCAAAUGAGGAUUUGAUGUAUGUAGCAACCACUGAAGAAAAUCCCCAAAUGGAUCAAGUGUGGAAGUUAAAUUUCGAUGGAGCCUCAAAUGCUGUGGGUAGAGGAAUUGGGGCAGUCCUAAUAUCUCCAAGCGGAGAUCAUUAUCCUUUUGCAAGCAAACUAGAUUUUGAUUGCACGAAUAAUAUGGCAGAGUAUGAAGCAUGCAUUAUGGGUAUUCGUGCAGCCAUAGAGCGUAAAAUCAAAGUGUUAGAAGUGUAUGGGGAUUCUGCACUGAAUGUCUGUCAGGACUUCGACUGGGGCAACACCUUUGGGAUGGAAGCAGUUCUACCUAUUGAGAUAGAAAUUCCUUCUCUUCGGAUAUUAUCUGAGAUGAAAUUGGAUGAGGCGGAAUGA